AUGAACAACAACCUUCGUGAUCCCUUCAACCUGCGAAGGAAUCUCAUCAACAAUCGCACCCCGACUGCCGCAGCUGCGCUGACCCAGCUCAACCUCCUGCGCGUGACCGCCACCGAGGUCGCCACCCAGGUCUCCGAGAAGGUCCAAGAGACUGCGGCCGAGGCCAUCGAACGGGGCAGGCAGGCCGUCGAGGACCUCAACAGCAACCUGCGCGAACGGGAACUGCGCGACCAGCAGGCUGUCGGCAAGAGAGACGAGGACAUGUCGUUCACGAUUCCGAAAAAUGUCCCCUCCUUUAACAACCCCCAGCGAGCUCUAGAGGACCGAGUGUGGGGAUCAACUGGCGUCACUGCGAGGACGGCCGGGCACCGCGGUGGGGCGGUUGGAGGGAUAGUAGGAGACGGCCUUGGAAGGGUGGAAAACUUUCUGAACCCAAACAAAAACUCGUUGCCCCUGUACAAGGACAAACCAUACGGAUACCCUGCUGGCAAUCGAAAACGACCCUUCUACCGGCGCAAGACUUUCAUGGCUAUCGCACUCUUCCUGGUGGUCCUCGUGGCCUACUGGUUUGGCAUCUUUGGGGACGAGCCAUACGACAAGCUACCCUCGUUGAGGACGGCGGACUGGCUAAAGGCCGAUGACCAUGCGGCAGCGAAGGGCAGGGUCGACUGGCUGGAGCGAAGACAACGGGUCGUCGAGGCCUUCGAGUUGAGUUGGGAUUCCUAUGAUCGGUAUGGUUGGGGCUACGACGAGUACCACCCAGUAUCGAAAAGUGGCAAACAAAUGGCCAAGAAGGGUCUAGGAUGGAUAAUAGUUGACGCGCUCGACACAAUGAUCCUUAUGAACCUGACCAGCCGUCUUACCCAUGCGAGGGAAUGGAUAUCAACAACUCUCACCUACGACCAAGACCAGGAUGUGAAUACCUUCGAGACCACCAUCCGAAUGAUGGGCGGCCUGCUGUCCGCGCAUUACCUAUCCAACGAGUUCCCCGAGCUCGCGCCAAUAACAGACGACGAUGAAGGGGCAGCGGGAGAAGACCUCUAUCUCGAGAAGGCGAAGGACCUGGCGGAUCGCCUGAUACCGGCGUUCGAGUCACAAUCCGGGGUUCCUUACGCGAGUGUGAAUCUGGGCAAGUACGAAGGCCUGCCCUCCCACGAUGACGGCGGCGCUUCAUCCACUGCGGAGGCCGCCACCCUGCAGCUAGAGUUCAAAUACUUGGCCAAAUUGACAGGCGAGAAGAUGUUCUGGGACAAAGCCGAGAAAGUCAUGCAGGUUCUAGACGACAAUGGCCCCAAGGACGGCCUCGUCCCGAUCUACGUGUACGCUGACACUGGUAAAUUCCGCGGCAACAACAUCCGCCUGGGUAGCCGCGGCGACUCUUACUACGAAUACCUCAUCAAGCAGUACUUGCAGACCAACAAGGCAGAGCCCAUCUACCUGGACAUGUGGGAGCAGGCACUCCAAGGCGUGCGGAAGAAUCUCGUCACGUAUACCGAGCACUCGCAAUUCACCAUCAUCGGCGAAAAGGUCAACGGCGUCGACGGCGAAGUCAGCCCAAAGAUGGACCACCUCGUGUGCUUCAUGCCGGGUACCAUCGCCCUGGGCGCGACGGACGGCCUGACGGAGGCCGCGGCCAAGAAGCUGCCGUCGUGGAACGCGCAGAAGGAGAAGGACAUGCAGCUUGCGCGCGAGCUGAUGCAGACCUGCUGGGGCAUGUACAAGGCCAUGGCGACGGGGCUGGCGGCAGAGAUUACCUACUUCAAGGUUGCGUCGCCGGCGCCGGCGGAGGAUUCCGCGCAUAGGGCACCGAAGGAGUUCGACCCGGACCCGGAGGCGGAAUGGCGCAAGGACUUUGUCAUCAAGAGUCAGGACACGCACAACCUGCAGCGGCCAGAGACGGUAGAGUCACUGUUCUACAUGUGGCGCAUCACUGGCGACCAGCGGUACCGCGACUGGGGGUGGGAGAUGUUCAAGAGUUUCAUGCAGCACACGGCGGUGCCCGAGGGCGGCGGUUUCACGUCGCUGUCCAACGCCAACGUAAUACCGCCCACGACGCGCGACAACAUGGAGAGCUUCUGGCUGGCCGAGACGCUCAAGUACUUCUUCCUGCUCUUCUCGCCCGACGACCUGCUGCCGCUCGACAAGAUCGUGAUCAACACCGAGGCGCACCCGCUGCCGAGAUUCGAUAUGGGCCCGCUGUUCUCGACGGGUUGGAAGAGAAAGCCCAGGGAUAAGGAUGGGCACAUCCUGGAGGAGAGAGAGGAGACUGCUGCCGAGGCAGUCAAGAAGGACUAA